AUGGAUCUGAUCCUGAUGCUCCGUUUGGUGGAAAAAGUUGUUGUUCAUGGAGGUGAUUUUUGUCAGAUAUUGCCUAUGAUUCCAUAUGGUUCUCGAGAGGAUAUUGUUCAUGCAUGUAUUAAUUCUUCGUACUUGUGGCACUCUUGCCAUGUGUUGCAAUUAACCAAAAACAUGAGGCUGUGUGGAGGCCCUCCAAAUCUUUGCAAUCUAGAGUUACAGAAAUUUGCUAACUGGCUGCUCCAGUUAGGUGAUGGGUUAUUAGGAGACAUCAUAGAUGGCGAAUCAGUUGUGAGGAUACCAGACAAUUUGCUAUUGGUUAAUGAGUCACCAGCACUUCAAGAUCUGGUGUUGUUCGUUUAUCCUGAUAUAUUGCUUAAUAUUUCUAAUGUUGACUAUUUUAAGGACAAGAGUAUCUUGGCACCCACACUUGAUGUUGUAACGGAUGUUAACAAUCAUGUCAUGUUAUUACUCCCUGGUAAUGAAAAGGUUUAUUUGAGUUCUGACUCAAUAUUAAAUGAAGAUGGUCACUUAGAAUCUGAAUUAUACACAAUGAGCAGGGAGACGUUGAAUGCACUGAACUGUUCUGGACAGACACUAUCGACUGUUGGCGUAUAUCUUCCAAGGCCUGUUUUCACACAUGGUCAGCUGUAUGUUGCGCUCUCUAGAGUAAACAAUGCCUCGGGUCUCAAGGUCUUGAUCGUUGAUACUAAUGGUAGAGUCUCAAAUCAUACUGUUAAUGUUGUUUACCGAGAAGUCUUUGUCAACUUGCUUUCUGCCAUCAGUAGUUACUAA